AUGGCGAUGAGAUAUCAAAAACAACAAAAAAACUCUAUAAAAGCAAAUCGGCAUUGUCAACCAGAUCGAGAAAUCAAUAUAUUACUAUUAGGACAAACAGGAGUGGGAAAAUCAACAUUUAUCAAUGCAUUUGCUAAUUAUAUUGUUAAUGACACGUUAGAAGAAGCAGUCAAUGAUGAAAUACAAGUUAUUAUCCCAUCUUCAUUUUCUUAUACCGAUCAAGAUACAUUUGAGGAAAAACAGAUUGCUAUUGGUUUUGAAGACGAAUAUGAAACAUUUUCCACUGAAGGUCAAUCAAGCACACAACAAUGUCGAAGCUUUGUUUUUCCAAUUGGUAAUAGAAAUUUACGUUUGAUUGAUACACCUGGUAUUGGUGAUACUCGAGGUAUAGAACAAGAUUCAAAAAAUUUUCAAGAAAUAUUAGCAUACAUUGCGCAAUAUGAACAUCUAAAUGCAGUAUUUAUCAUGGUUCGACCAAAUGAAGAACGUUUGAAUAUACUUUUUCGAUUUUCUAUCAAUGAACUUCUUCGACAUUUGAAUAUUGACAUUAAAGAUAAUAUUAUGUUUGUUUUUACCAAUGCUCGAUCAAGUUUCUAUAUGCCCGGUUCUACCAAAAAACUUCUUGAAGCACUUUUUAGCAAACAUCGUCUAGAAUACAAUGUUGAAAUUCCAUUUUCAAGAGAUAAUACAUUUCUCCUUGAUAGUGAAGCAUUUCGUCAUCUAGCAUUAUGUAAAAAUAAUAUACAAUUAGAUGAAAAUCAAACAAAAAGUUACACAAGAAGUUGGGAGCAUUCUGUAAAAGAAUAUGCUCGUCUUAUGCAACGCAUUAAUGCGCAUUCUCUUCAUGCUAUUAGUAAUAUACUUUCAUUAAAUGAAGCUGAACAACUUAUACGAAAACUUCCAAGACCAAUUGCUGAAACAGCAAAAUUGAUUGAAGAAAAUAUUCAACUUGCAAAAGAGCAUAAACAAAAAGUACUUAAUAAUCCUCAAAUUGCAUUAGAAGGCAUCCCUCAAAAUAAUGCUAUCAUUAAAACAUUAAAACAUCCACGAACAGUAUGUGUUGGAGAAAAUUGUUGUCGAGUUAUAGAAGUGAAUGGUGAAAAGCAAAUGGAAUAUUUACAUAUAUGUCAUGAUGAAUGUUAUUUAGCAGGUGUUGUGCAAGAAACAUUAUAUGAUCCAAAACUACAAGAUUGCACAGCUAUGGAGCCUGAAGAAGGUUUUUGUACAGUUUGUGAUUGUCAUUGGUUGCAACAUAAACAUAUUACUUAUGAAUAUGCAACAGAUCGCAUUCAUAUCAAAUCAAGUAAAGAUAUGACUUUAGCUGAUAUUGAUCGACGUAUUACCGAUUUACGAAAUGAAGAAAGUAAAAUUCAAGAUAUCUAUAGAAAACUUGUACGAUUUCUUCAUGUAAAUGCCAUAUUACCCGUAAAUGAUGAUUUUAUUGAAUAUCUUCAAUAUUUUAUUCGGGAAGAACAAAUGAAACAAAGUGCCGGUGCUCAAAAUACAGAAAUUAUUGGUAGUCUAGAAAGAUUAAAGGAUGAUUAUAAUAAAGAAAUGGGAUUAUAUAAAAAAACAUUAGAAGAACAGAAAAACUCAAUAAAUCCAAGUCAAUUAGUGAAACCAGAGGAGAUAUUUAUUUUAGUUGAAACUCUCUAUGAACUACCUAUUACCGGAAAACAGAUUAAACAGCAAGUUGACGGAAUAAGAAUCGGUCAGACAAGGUCGGGUGCUCAGCGUGAAACUUUUGUUGAGCUACCAGCAAAAGCUGCUUCAUCAAAAGUAAUGCUCGAAUUAAGAGAAAUCGUUUCGACACAAUCAUAA